AUGGACGAAGCGGAGGUUAUGUGCGAUUGGUGCGGAGCACCUGUGUGUGGCUGGAAGCGGUACGGCUUCGAGCUUCAGGAGGCCGGGUGUCGCCUCCAAGUCAAGCUGUCGCGGAGACGGCGAGGGAACCGUGCUGUCCGCCAGGCACUGUGCCGAUUGUAUCUGUACUUGAAAAGUGGAAGCAUGCAAGGGGACGUUCCCGAGUGUGUCAAACGACAAUUGCACACAGUUUGGCCGGACGCCGAGAAGGGGCAUCGGUCAUUGCGCUGCAAACCGCGUCCAGCGCAUCGCGAACUCCGUGCGAACGCGCUUUGA